UUCAAUUGCCAAUAUGUACUCACCUGUGAAUACAGCCCUUCUCAUCUGUCAUGUGUAGUGUGUUAUGUAUAUUUUUCUAGAGCGAAUUUAUUCGGUUUUUUAUCGAAGUUCGUUCGAUAUUGCAUAAACAGACAUAAAUGUGAGGAUGGCGAUUUGCUUGCGCACAUUUUCAUAUAAAGUACUACCAAUCAAUGGUAUUGCUUCGACUAAAAAUCAUUCCAACCGAUUGUCCCGAAAAAUCCCUAUUCGGACACAAUUUUUGGAAGAUUUCCUGAAUAAACGACGUAUUUCUAGCUACCAGCUUGCACCUAGAAGUACUGUUGACAAUAAUAUUGACGAAAUUUAUGUUCAUGAACAUGCUUUAUCUAAUAAAACGAAGCAGAAAAUUUACCUAACCUUAAAUGGAACAAGUGAUGGUAUUAGACGGAAUUAUGACAAUUUAAAUGCUGUUCAAAAUUUAAGUGAACUUGGUGUAAGAUCAGUAGAGAUUAAGAGUGAUGAUUAUGUGGAACCAAGGAGGCCACAUUACAAUUUGAAUAGUUUGCCAUCUAUUAAUAUGAAUUAUAUAGAUUUUACAAAAUAUAAUGAGGAGAUAGAACCAACAUGUCUUUCUGACUUUGAGAGGGAUGCCAUAGCUUUCUGUCAAGGGCCUGUUACACCAUCACUGGCAAACCAGAGCCCUGCUGAAGAAGGCAAGCCUAGUGAAGAGCAAUUGAUGAAAGUAUUUCAUGUGCUGUCAAAUAAUAUGCCAGAAUUGUUCUUCAAACCUAUAGACUACUCUAUUUAUCAUCCUAACUUAGUUUUUGUAAACAAUAUUAGGGGUGUUACAACAGUAGGUUUAAUACACUAUGUUAAGCAAGUGGCCCUACUGAGAACCAUAGGACAUAUUAAGUUUGCAUAUGUAAAACUUGAUGUUAUGAAAAUUACAGCACAUCCAGAAGAUUCUACUAUUAAAAUGAGAUGGCGUAUAAAAGGCAUUUCUGGUCUAAAAGUAUUCUUUAUGUUUUGGAAAUACAAACUGUGGAAUAUGAAAGAAGUUUUCCAGGACCAGGAAAUGUGGUAUGACGGUUUUUCAACUUUCUAUGUUGGCUCAGAUGGACUCAUUCACAAACAUAUUGCAGAUAAAGUAAUGCCUGACCAGGAUACCAUAAUAGAUGAUGAAGAGAAAGCACCAAUUGCUGCCAAACUAGCUCUUCUUGUAGGGCUUAUUCCCCGUAAUUACCUCUCUGAUGUCACACCAUAUUUCACUACUUCUGUAGGAACAGCUGACAUAUCACCAUUGCCCUAUAAAACUUUAGAAUAAACCAAAAAAUUUAUACGCAUACCUUUAAAAUUAUAGGAAUUGGUAGCUUAUGUCCAAAUAUAUUAACAUAUAUCAAUUUCAGAAGGUAAAUUGAAUUGUUGCAAUGAGUCACUUCUUAAGGGUUGUUAUAUUAUUUACAAUUUGCAUAAGUGACUUUGAGAAAUUAAUGCCUACCCAACCUAAUAAAAUAUCAGAAUCAAAUUAUCGUAAAUUAAAAAAAGUAAGCAAAGGGUUUAAAUUAAAUAAUGUGAAGUUAUUAUUUUCAUGGAUAUUGCUAUAAAUAGUCAGAACGAAUUUCAUAAAGGCUUUGGAAGUUUGAACAUCAACAAAUGAACAUUUGCAUGGACUGCUGCUUGCUGGUGGCAUCAUUUAUAUGAAUUAUAUUUCUGCAUAUAAAAAUUUGCAGUUUUCAUGGUCUUUAGCUGUGAGAAGUGGGUUGUAGAACAUGUGAUAAAACUAUUAUUCUUAAAAUAUUUAUUAAGCAGCCAUUCAUACCGGUUGGGACUCACAAUUUAGACAGUUGCUGACUUCUAUUGCCCCUUCUAAUUUUUUUUGAUCCUGAUACUCUAUAAUGUCUACUUAAUGGCUUAUGUGAUAUUAUUUUAAUUUAACAGUAUUUGGCUUGCUAUAAAUUCAAUUUAUGGCAGGAAUCUAAUAAUUCUUGCUUCUC